CUCACAUAUUUUUUUCAGACCACAGGCCUCACUGGUCUUUUUGUGAACGAGCAUCCUCAUCGUACUCUGAAUGUAAUAUAUUGCCGAAUUCUGAAAGCUUUGGAACAGAUCCCACCCACGGCUGCUUAUAGAAAAUACACUGAGGCGAUUGUAAAACAGCGUCUAGCACUAGUCCAGUCCGAGGACAGUAUCCCAGCGUUGGAGGAGAAAAUAGGAAUGGGACAAAUGGAGGAGGUCAUUGAGCAGGCCGAAAUGGAGCUUGAAGCCGCAAGAGCAAUCAUAGAAUCGAAAGCAUGGGAGCCGCUUGUUGAACCUGCACCAAAGGGCCAAUGGGAUUGGCCUAUUGCGUGA